UUGUUCAGAUCUGAUCGUCUCAACCGAACAAAUAGUAUUGGGAAUGAUUUAGAAAAGAACCAAGUUGCUUCUUCAAGAAAUGUUCAAGUUCAAGAUCACAUAGAUGCUGUGAGCAGUAUUCUUGUUAAUGAGAAUCAUUAUUCAAGAUUCGUAGCUUUAGAUGGAUGUAGUUGCAGUUGCAGUUGCAGUUGCAGUGCAGCUUCUCAGCUUCUUAAUGAUCGUUGGACAGCUGCAAUACAGUCCUACAAUAACUCCAAAGAUUCAUCUGAAAAGCUAGGUAUGUAUUCGGGUGGAACAUCAGUAUGGACUCAUUUCAGACUCCCUCAUCAGAUUAUGUCCAAAGAUUCUCUGUUAGCUUUGGUUACAACAAUAACUUUCUCCAGGAGACUGAAUUUCCUUCACACUGUUAUACAUGACGUGUAUUGGUUGUCCUGCAUUGCUGCUGUUCCCUCUGAUUUCGAUUUCAUUUACUUUCGCAGACGAAACAGUGCCAAGAAUCAAAGUUAACUGCCACUGAAUAUAAGGUAAUGCGAUUAAUUGAAUUUGUUCAUGAUUUAAUUUAA